GGGUUUUACGGGUUCCGUGGGUCGCUGCUGUGAAAGUCGGACCAAUCGAACGAUAUGGAUCCACGAUCAUUUUAGCAUUUCCGGUAGAAUAAUACAACCAAACGGUCCAAAGUCCAAACCGAGUUUAUUGAGAAUCAGAUGGGAAAGUAUAAAAAAAGUAAAAAAAGUAAAACAGAAAUAUUGUUUCGUGGGAUCCAGAUUCCGUCCCCUCCUCCUCUAGUAAUGGCAUGAGUCAGCCCGUAAGAUUGAGAUUUAAACCAAACUCAAAUUCCCUUAAUCUUGACGACCUAAAAAUUCUCUCAAAUUACUCCUCAUACAGUUACAUAGAAAAUUGGCUGAUUUGUGCUUUGAAUUGGAAAAGUCUGGAGAAAAUAUGAAUACAUUAGAUGCUACCAGAGCAGAGCUUGCACUUGCUAUUUUGUUUUUGAACAAAGCUGAGGCCAGGGACAAGAUAUGUAGGGCAAUACAAUAUGGUUCAAAGUACUUGAGCAAUGGAGAGCCCGGCACAGCUCAAAAUGUUGACAAAACUACCAGCUUGGCACGAAAAGUUUUUCGACUUUUUAAGUUUGUCAACGAUUUGCAUGCUCUUAUUAGUCCAACUCCUCAAGGAACUCCUCUUCCUAUUGUUGCAUUGGGAAAGUCUAAAAACGCUUUGAUGUCAACUUUUCUGUUUCUGGAUCAAUUUGUCUGGCUUCAGAGAACAGGCAUCUAUAAGAACAAAGAAGGGGCAGAACUUAUUGGCAAAAUAUCUCUUUAUUGUUGGAUGGCCGGCUCAACUUGUACCUCCUUGAUUGAGCUUGCGGAACUUGGAAGAUUGUCGGCUUCAAUGAAGAAAAUAGAGAAGAAGCUGAACAACACUGAUAAAUAUCAGAAUGAGGAAUAUCUUCUGAAGCUAAAGAAAGCAAAUGAUAGGACAUUGGCUUUGGUAAAGGCAGUUAUGGAUUUAGGGGUUGCUGCUGGUUUACUUCAACUGGCACCUAAUAAACUCACUCCCCGAGUAGUUGGAGGCCUUGGAUUUCUCAGCUCUCUCAUCUCAUGUUAUCAGUUGCUUCCUUCCCCACCAAAGACGAAGACACCAUGAAUCUGUUGACAAGUUCUCCAUGCCUACCAAACUAGUUGGUCUAUGAUUGGUAGGAAUAUAAAAUAAUAGAUUGCUGUCUGCUUUGUCUAAAAGAAAAUAGAUCCAUUAUUUAGUUUUAAAAUCAAGGGUUUAAAGUUAUGUAAAGAUGAUAUUUUCCGCGCAAUUAAGAUGAUAGUUUGUCUUCUUUUAGAGGGGGGGUGAGUUAUUCAAAGUUUGUCAUGUUACGAUGAGACAUUGCCGUAUAUUGAUACAAUAAGAACUCUAUUUAUUUGGUAUUCCACACCUUAA